AUGAUCUUUGCUGCCUUCUUUUCUCAUUCAGUUGCUACCGUUCAAGCACCAGCUUCUUCUCUUUUACUUCCGAUUAAACGAGUGGCAUCCCCACAUUUGAACCUUGGUGGGGGGAACUUGGAUUAUACGAACAAUACAAAGAUAAAGCGUUCUGAAGAAUUCCCAUUGAGUGGACAUAGUUACCUGCGAUUAUACUUCGUGCAAGUUGACCUAGGUACGCCAGCGCAAACCUUUGAUGUCCUAAUUGAUACGGGCAGUACUGCUUUAUGGGUGCCCAUGAUGAACGGCACAAGCAAGGCUCAUGACCAAAGGAGAUCAAGAGAUAUUGGUUACCUAUCAUCUUCUGUUAAUGUUGAGAUGUAUGGAGACACAUUUCGGUUGGGAGAUCAUGAAGUCCGUAAUCAGUUAUUCGGCGCUGCUACACGUGUAGGUCCUCAUGCUAACGGAAUCAUGAAAAUGUCACGCGGUGCUAGUUCUUCUGGAUCUAGGACGAAUGCAUUUCACGAUCCUAAAAAAAGUUCUUUAAUUCUUGGAGGACCGGAUUCCAAAAUAACGAGAAAUGGGUUCACUUGGCAUGAAAACGAUAAUUGCACUACUGACGGAUUUUGCGUUACUGUUGACAGUAUUUUGUGUCUUGAUAAGUAUGGGAAUAAAAAUUGUAUCUUACAAAAGGGUAUCAACUACAAAGGAGUACUUGACACAGGCACUACUCCAACGUUAAUUGAUAGAAAACUAACAUCUGCUCUCAAUAACCUAUUAGGAGACCCAGGCAAUGGUCGUGUCCUUGCGAUGCCCCUGAUAGUAUUUGUCUUCAACGGGGAAAAAUUUAGGUUGUCAGUUCAGGAUUAUACAGUGGAAGAGAACAAUAUUUGCUGGAACUCUUGUUAUGAACAAUCUUCUCUGGAUGGUAGUAACCAAAUAAACUUUGGCACCGAUAUUUUCUUUAGGAACAUUUAUUACUUCCUUUGA